AUGGCAAACACUCCGCCGCCACAACCGCCUUCCUCCUGGAAUUUCAGCUCUAUGGCUGGGAAUGUCGUCCAGUUUCUCAGACUACCGGUACUUGCGUCCUCUGGGCUGGCAGUGGUUGCGAGCGGGAUGCUCUACUUUAAGCAAAAUGAUAUCAUCUACCCCCGCAACUUCCCUGUCGGCUCCCGAACAGAAGUCCCUAAGCCCUCCGAAUUUGGCAUGACUGACUACGAAGACCUUCGCAUCCCUACUCCGGACGGCGAGACUCUCUCUGCGUUCUUCAUCCGCCCCACAAACAAAGAAGUCAAGCCGAAACUCACCGUACUUGUUUUCCACGGAAAUGCUGGGAAUAUUGGCCAUCGCAACCCCAUUGCGGAGGUUAUAGGGCAAUUGCUAAAUUGCAAUAUUCUGAUGCUGGAAUACCGUGGUUAUGGGUUGUCGACUGGAACUCCGGACGAGAAUGGCCUAAAAAUUGAUGCUCAGACGGGUCUGGAUUAUUUAAGACAGUUACCGGAGACGCGGGAGACGAAGAUAAUAGUCUACGGGCAAAGUCUCGGCGGAGCCGUAGCGAUCAGUCUUGUUGCAAAGAAUCAGCAUCAUGGUGAUAUCGCGGGGCUCAUUCUGGAGAACACAUUUCUGAGUAUCAGGAAAUUGAUCCCAAGCUCUACCCAUAUGUUUGAGCUUUACAAGCUAUGCAAGGCUGAGACCAAGAUCUGGCGAACCUUCCCGAAUGGCUCGCAUAACGACACCGUCGCGGAGCCAGGGUACUUUGAACAUAUUCACUCAUUCAUCGUUGAUGAGGUUUUGGAUUAA